GCAGUCACUAUCCAAUCGCUAUACACUAUACAAUCGCUCUGCAUGAACAGCUCUAGAAGCUUAGUAUUGUGAGAUCAAACCCCGACUUAAAUAUUUCAGAAUUGACCAAAAGCAGAGAUUGCAGGGUAAUUCAAAACUACUAGAAACGGAAUAUAGGCAACAUUUUCAAAGAGCUAUCAACUUUUAUCCCACUGGAUGUAGGCUACCUGGGGACAAUGUAGAGCGCGUUUUUUUUGUCAGUGUGGGUUGGAACAGGUGAAUUGCAAGUAGCGACAAUAUCAAGGACCACCAAGAACAACAAAAAUUUACAACAGUCAGACAUCUGAAGGUUCUGCUGAAUUCCAUGGAUCGGACACUCAAGAGGCUUCAUCUCCUUCUGCUCCCGACCGCUGUCACUUUCUGGUCUCUCCCCUUCUCUAUGGCCACCAGCGUGGCCCCAGGGGGAUGUGGCUCCAAUGUAGGCUCCCUGUACUAUAGCCUGUGUGACCUCAGUGCCGUAUGGGGCAUCGUACUGGAGUCAUUCGCGGCGGCUGGCGUGGUGGGUUCCAUCAUCCUCCUCAUCGUCCUCCUGGCCAGCCUACCAUUCAUCACAGACAAGAGCAAGAGGAGCUCCGUGGGGCUCCAUGCCUGCUUCCUGAUCUGUACCCUGGGCCUCUUCUGCCUCACUUUCUCCUUCAUCGUAGGGAAGGACUUCGCCACCUGUGCCUCGCGGCGCUUCCUCUUCGGGGUGCUGUUCGCUGGGUGCUUCACGUGUCUUCUCAUGCAGUGUGUGAGGCUGAACCUCCUGGCCCGCAGGGGGGAUCAGGGGCCCCGGGCCUGGGUUCUGUGUCUGGGAGCCCUGGGGCUCUGGCUGGUGGAGGUGGUCAUCAACACAGAGUGGCUGAUCAUUACCAUUGUUCGCUACCCACUGUCACCGCUCAACGUUACUGGGACAGCACUAGGCACGGCCGCCGACGUGCCCUGUAACAUCGCCAACCAGGACUUUGUAAUGGCGCUGAUCUACGUACUGAAUCUUCUCCUAGCUGUCGUAGUGGCAUCCUUACCCUCCCUGUGCGGGAAACACAAGCAGAGACGCCAGGAGGGAGCAAUACUCCUCGUCACGGGUCUCCUCUCUGUGUUCAUCUGGGUGGCCUGGAUCACCAUGUACGUCUGGGGGAACCUGAGGACCGGUGGACCCAGCUGGGAUGACCCUACCCUGGCCAUCGCCCUGGUCAGCAACGCCUGGGUGUUCCUGGUCCUCUACACUAUCCCAGAGAUCUGCUCUCUGACUCAGGAGGACGGGGGGGCACCGGGGUUCAGAGAGGACCUGCACCCCAGUAGAGGGGUGGGCUACGAGACCAUCCUGAAGGACCAAGGAGCCCAGAAUAUGUUUAUGGAGAACAAGGCUUUCUCUAUGGAUGAAAACUCAGGUCCGAAGGUUGUGUCCCCAUACAGUGGCUACAGUGGUCAGCUCCGCAGUUCUGUCUACCAGCCCACAGAGCUAGCUAUCAUUAGCAAGGGAAUGGGGAAUCAGGAAAUGUCCUAUGAGUCUCGCAUCCCCCGAGCCUCCAUCAACAACAGCUCCCCGGCCCACAGAGGGGGCAGUACCCUGUCAGUAUGCACCGACAAGGCCGCAGACACACAGACACAACAGGGCCGCAGUGGUAAUGGACUACACAAGAAAUCCCAGUGGUGAACACAGACUUUACGUUACACCUCUCUCCUCAAGACAUUUUUGUUCAUCCAUUUUAUUCAAAUCUGUUGACUAUAUUUUGCUGUUUUCCAUUGGAUUCUUAAUAUGAGCUGGCUCUAAAGCGGCCAGCCUAUCAGACUCCAGAGGUGACAUUUGGGUGAUCGAUACAAACAAUUUGCCUAUCUAUAAAUGGACAGUCCUGCACAGCAAAAUCAAUGGUGUACAUUUAACUCUGAAAGUGUUAAAUGUACACUAUUUUCAGUGAACAUAUGAGUCCCACUGAACUGGUGUUAAUAUAACACUUUUGAAACUGUUAAAGAUUGAACUCUGUUGCAGUGUUCCCCAUUCAACUCUUAAACUGUUCAUAUGAACUUGAUUGUGGUGUUUGCAUAGCUCUACUGUAGAGUAUUAUGCAACACCUACAGAGUAAAACAUAACACUAGACAAAUUUGCGUAUUUCCCAGAGUGCCUUUUCUUUUCAAGUGAAUUGUAAAGUUACCACCCAUGACUGUAUUUGUUAACGAUAGAGACAUGCUUACUGAAUUUAAUUUAAAAGGCCUGUAGCUUUCACCUACUGAGUAUCUAAAACUAUGACUCUAUGAUAGUACAUGUAUCAUGACCUAGUUUCAUCCUAACACAGAGGUGUUAAGAAAGUCAUGGUUUGCACACCAAAUCAGGCCUGCAAAUUGCAUUAUGCUGGCUCUCGAAGUGAUGUGUAAUUCCUAUUGAAAACCAGCCAGAGUUGGGAUAUACUAUAGUUAAAAUUGUUAUUCACUUACAACCUCCAUUCAGAAUGAUUGUCAGGGUUCUUCUUCUUUUGAAAAUUGAUAAGACUACCUAAACCAUUUAAACUGAAACAACAAUUUUAGUAAUAAAUUUAACUAAGUGAUUGGGUUAGUUUCGAAAAAUGGCUAUAUAGUAAACAUGCACACACACACACACACACACACACACACACACACACACACACACACACACACACACACACUCACAUGGAAGUGCAGCCAACGACAAGAUCGGUCAAGCGAGGGGCCAACAGGUGUGACGGUGUCAUGGGAUUUACCUGCCAUCCCUGGGUUCCCAGAGGAGGACUCAUUAAGAGUGGGAAAAUUCCAUAUCUGGAACAUCUCUAUGGUUCCAAGGAAUCUUGGGAAAGGACUCUUCUGUCACUGGGAUACCAACUAAUAUGAAUACACUUAGUUAUAGGUUAAGCAUUCAAAUAGUGUGCACUUGCUUGCUUUAAAUGAAGUAAGGGCCAAUAUUAUUAAAUCCUAAUCCAAUCAAAUCUAAUUUUAUUUGUCACGAGCGCCGAAUACAACAGGUGUAGGUAGACCUUACAGUGAAAUGCUUACUUAUGCGCCCAUUCCCAACAGUGCAGUUUUAAGAAAAUACCUAAAAACGGUCAAUGUUUAGUGCUUAGCUUGUGGAUAUCACUUUCAUAAAGUUCACAUAGCUAUUUCAGUUGUAGCUAAAGGGUGUUGAAUGAGUUCAUGUAAAUACCAUGCCAAUGAAUGUCUCCUCACUACAUACUGUAUGUAUGGAAGCACUUGUAUGAACUGUUGUAUGAAUUUGAAAUAUAUUUUUAACAUAGCUAUUUACAGUACUUACUUUUUUAUCAAAUCAGAUUUGAGCCUACACUUGUAAUCCUGAAAUGUAAAUCUAAUAUGAAGUUUGAAAACCAUAAUUAAUUAUUUGAUUGCACAUUCUGUAUCAACAAUCUUUAAUGUCCCAAAUAAUAAAGAUUCACUGGUGAAAUACAUAGUC